AUGUCACAACGAGGAGACAGAAUCAGAGACACUGCUGCUAAGGCGCUCAAAUGCUUCUUGUCACAACCUGGAGACGGUAUCAGAGACACUGCUGCUAAGGCGCUCAAACUGUUCUUGUCACAACCUGGAGACGUCAUCAGAGACACUGCUGCUAAGGCGCUCAAAUUCCUCUUGUCACAACCUGGAGAUGGUAUCAGAGACACUGCUGCUAUGGCUCUCAAAUGUCACUUGUCACAACCUGGAGACGGUAUCAGAGACACUGCUGCUGAGGCUCUCAUGUGCCUCUUGUCACAAUCUGGAGAUGGUAUCAGAGACACUGCUGCUGAGGCUCUCAUAUGUCUCUUGUCACAAUCUGGAGAUGGUAUCAGAGACACUGCUGCUAUGGCUCUCAAAUGUCACUUGUCACAACCUGGAGACGGUAUCAGAGACACUGCUGCUGAGGCUCUCAUGUGCCUCUUGUCACAAUCUGGAGAUGGUAUCAGAGACACUGCUGCUGAGGCUCUCAUAUGCCUCUUGUCACAACCUGGAGAUGAUAUCAGAGACAAUGCUGCUGUGACUCUCCAAUGCCUCUUGUAA